CAUACACAUUCACAGCUGUCUGCAACGCCUAGUGUUGCAGUGAUAUUGUGGGUGCCCCGCUCUCUGCUCUCUGCUGCCUGCUCUCCACUCCCCACUCUUCUCUCGCCAUGUCCGUGGAUCGAGCCGCCUUCUCAUCGAUGGGUUCAGAGGCCCCUCAAGCCCCUGCCACUGACCCUGACCCCGAGAUGGCCCUUCUGCCCAUCGAGUUGCUGCUCAGCUUGCACAGGUCACACUUCUGCCUGACGGGGAGGACCCUGGAAAUCCGCGGUGGAGCGGGAUCCGUAUACAACGUGAUCUCUGACGGACCGGUGGGUGUGGACGGACGGAUGUGUAAUGUGGUCAACUGUAUCCAGAGUACAGUUACACUGACUUCUCGUAAGGAAUACAACGAUUUUCAGAAAAUGAUCUUGAGUAAACUGAUGGUCUUUUUCACCUCUGUUGAGGUCACAGAAGGUUCUGCAAAAGUUUAUGCCGCCAUCGUCAACACUCACCAUCCCAAAAUGAGGCAAGAGAUUGAAGAUAGUCUGAAGAAUGUCACAGCAUCAGAAGCGAGUGGGAAAUAUGUGCUCCAGUUCUCUUUGCAAAACGCAGUCCGGUCGUGUUGCAGUUUGAAAGAUGUACAGGAGCGGGGUUUGGUUUUCACCUGCGUGUAUUUGAGUGACCCAUCCAACGUCUCCCGCGAGUGUACGACAAAAACAAAGGAACUGAAUGGAAAAAUGUUAAAUCUAUCUCCUGUAACAGAAGAUGAGAAAUGCAAAGUGAAGAAGUUGUUGGACAAGAUGAGUGAGCCUAUAGUUCAAAUGAACACUGGGUCUGUACAGAGCCCUGAUGAGGUUUCUUCGUAUCAGGCAGGCUGUUUGGAGGGUAAAGUGUCCAGUUCAACUCAACCGUACGCAAAGAGUUUGUCCAUAAAAGACGGAUCUUCCUCGCAGUUGACUGCAGUGAAUGAGAAAUCCUAUCUUCUUCAAUUCACACACCACUUGCCCAAAUACAUUGAAUGAAUGUCUGGAUGGAAAAAACAAAGCAAAUUAAACCCUUUCAAAUCCG